AUGCAGGCGGCUGGAUUCCCGGCUCCGCUGGUGCACGGCUUCCGCGAAAUUGAAAUCCCGGCCGGCUCUUUCCUCCCGCCCUUCGUUCCGGACAUUCCUAUCGCUGGUCCACUCAACCCAGCCAGCUGGUCACAGGAGCAGAUCAACGCCAUACUGAAUCCCCAGCUGCUGAACGUGAUGAGCCCAAACACAGCUGCCAACACGGUCGCCGAGAUCCCAGGCCUUGGACGUUUCUCCAUCGCCAUCCCGCCUGUCAACGUCGAGUUCCCCUGGGCCGGAGCGGUAGCUUCCGCGGAGGCCAGCGGGACUAUGAAUCUGGCAGCCUCCGCUGCUGGCUUGUUGCCACAGUCCUUUCCAAGCUUCAUCAAGUACGAGCGAAUCCCGGGAGAGGUUCCAAGCCAUAUGGACCUCCCUGGGUUGGGCAUUUUCAAUCCAGCCAACGCCUACGAGAACAAGCGACAGCUUUCCGUUGCUGGAGACAUCCUCCAGAACUCUUUUGAUCGUUUGAAUGACAUCGUCACAGGAAGUGCCGCCAGUGGAAUGCGGCCACUAUUUGCCCCUGUUUCUACCAGUUCUGCUGCUGCGGCCGCACCUGCUUCUGCCGCCCCUACUUCUUCAGGCGGACUAUUCGGAACUGCUUCGACCGCUUCUGCUAGCCCGGCUUCUCCUCCCGCCGGUCCGAUCCAGGCCUUGCUGACUAAUGCCGGAAUGGGUGGUGGACCUUUCGGUGGUGCUUUUGGCGGACCUCUCGGUGGUGCCUUUGGUGGGAUCUUUAACAAUCCUUUGCUGCAGACCGCAGAAGGAGGUAGCGGGCUCGUCCAAAAUAUUGGUCAGGGCCUCGGCCAAGGAUUGUUGGAGCCAGUCUUCUCCAUAGCCAAUGGCUCCGGUGCUGGAGGCAUUGUUAGAGGAAUCCUCGACCGUGCUGCCAGGCUGGCUUCUCCUGCUGGAGAGUCCGCAGCCUAG